AUGCCGCCGCGUCUAUGCUCAAGUGUUGCCGUGGUUGCCCCUCGAACAAAGCCUCCUUCCAAGUGCGUGCAGAUGGAGGGCACCAGUGUUCGCCGUGCGAAAGAGGAGCUGCGGAUGCUAGCAUCCGCAUAUGCGCUCCUUAAUGGAGUGACCUGCGAGGAAGACAGUGGGAAAUCCAUCCGCCGGGCCAUUCGCGAUAUCAUGGCGACGAAGAUAGCGCGGAUAUGGACUUGGAGACACGAGGCCUUCUACGACUGGGGUCUCCUGCGACAGGAGCUACGCAGCUUCUUCUACAACAGCGCUUACCUAGACUGGUCCGAAGCCACGUCACUUACGUCUCAAAUCAUGACGGUCUACGGGCGUGACUGGGAGGCACAGCCGCUCCGAAUGCGCGAGGCUCAGCCCGCGCGUGAUCCGCUUCUUGAUCGGGACCAGCAUGAAGCUCGCGCUGAGCCUCAGUCGGACCAAGACCAACAGGCAUGCCAGGGAUUCGAGCAGAAUGGCGCGACUGACAACCAUGAUGCGCUGCCGGGUUACAACGUAGUUGCUGCAGACAUAUCGCGCGCCGAGGUCGAUGCUUGGCAGUCGAGUGCUGCAUCGACGGAGUCCGAGUUUUCAGCAUCAGCGUCAGCGUCACAGGUGUCUUUCCAAGCAGUCUCGCUUCAGUACACGCUGUCCCCACAGGCAUCGCCCAGCGCAGGGCGCAGUCGUGAAGCUACCUUCGAGGUGUCAGAGUCGCAUGGCGUGCCGUGGCAGGCGCGGGGGGCGGUGCAGAAUUAUCCGGCUGUGGAGCCCUCGGCCGCUAGCCAGGGCAAGUCGUUUACGCAGGUGUCCGAGUCAGCGUCACAUGGGACGAUGUCAGAAACUGCGUCGUGGCAGGCGGGGGGGGCGGGGCAUCCGAUGGCACAGGGGCCAGGUGCCGAUGCGGGAAAUCCUGCCGAGGCACCGUGGCCAAGUGCCAUGUGGGGCGCGCCGUGGCAGGCGCCCCCUCCCUUCGUCGGCGUCGGCGCCACGCAGCCAGUCGUUCUCCUCCAGGCGGCCCCUCCGUUCGUCGUCGGCGCCCCGCAGCCAGUCGUUCUCCUCCAGGCGGCCCCUCCGUUCGUCGGUCCGAGUCCGAGUGUCAAGAGCUCAGAUCACGGAAGCAUCCAGCCAGAUUGUGAGUAUGAGCAAGGACCGAUUGUGGCUGCAGAUGUCACGCAUUGCAUGUGCACAAGUCUUCCUUCAUCAUGUGCUGGGUUGCCUUGCGCAGGACAUUGA